AAUUGAAAACCGUAGAAAUCUCUCUGUCUCCCUUCUCCUCUUCUCUCUCUCUCGUCCCCAGAGAUCCCGUGGACCUCUUCUUCCCCAUUUCCUUCUGUUUCUUCUCCGACAAAUAUUAUAAUUUCUUCUGAUUCUGAAUCUGUUUCCCGGUUCAAUUUUGCUUUCGGACAAUAGUUUCCGCGCUCGCAAAUCCCUAAUGUCCGAUAGGAUUCUCUGCAAGUUCUUCAUCCAAGGCGCGUGCUUGAAAGGGGACAACUGUGAAUAUUCCCAUGACUCGAAUGCUUCCGCGAGAAAUAUUUGCUCAUUUUAUCAGAAAGGGAUCUGUUCCUACGGAAGUAGAUGCAGGUAUGAACAUGUCAACGCUUCUCAGUCACUGUCCUCAUCGUCUUCGGCAUGGAACGUUCCUCGGCAGCCUUUCAGCUCAGAUUCUGAGCCUGUAGCUCCCGCCUCUCAAGUUGGUGAUGUAGCUACGUUGCCUGGCACUGCUUCAUCAGAGUAUAGCUCUCUCUUCACGCCUUCGGAGCCAGCAUGGAAUUUGCAAAACAAUGUUGAUUAUGGGUGGGACAAUGAAGGUGCUAUGGUCCUUAGUGUUGAUGUCCAACCAAGAGACAGACCCAUCUGCUCGUUUGCUGCGGCGGGUGAAUGCCAACGUGGAGACCGCUGUCCUCAUAUCCACGGAGACCUCUGCCCCACCUGUGGAAAGAAUUGCUUGCAUCCUUUCAGACCCGAAGAAAGAGAAGAACAUACUAAAGAAUGUGAAAAGAUGCAGAAGCAUGUCGAGGCUUUGAAACGCAGUCAAGAUAUUGAGUGCAGCGUGUGUCUUGACCGUAUAUUGUCGAAGCCUAGUCCAGCGGAAAGGAAAUUCGGUCUGAUGACAGAGUGUGAUCACCCGUUCUGCAUACAGUGCAUCCGUAACUGGCGCAGUAGUUCCCCUGUAUCGGGAAUGGACGUGAACAACACAUUGAGAGCUUGCCCUAUUUGUCGCAAAAGAUCAUAUUUUGUUGUACCAAGUGUGGUGUGGUAUUCCACUCCCGAGGAGAAAAAGGAAAUAGUCAGCACUUAUAAGGCAAAGCUCAGGUCAAUCAAUUGCAGGCAUUUUAACUUUGGAAAUGGAAGCUGCCCAUUUGGUACCAGUUGUUUCUAUAAGCAUGCAUAUCCUGACGGGCGGUUGGAAGAAGUUGUUCUGCGGCAUCUUGGGUCUCAAGACGGAGAGAUUACAAUAGCAGAUAAUAUAAGGUUAUCAGACUUCCUCGGUGACCUGCGUAUUUAAAUUGUGUGCACCGUUUUAGACAUUCCAAUCCAAUAACACAGGUGCUUGUAGCGUGAAGAUGUUUUAUAUGUGCAUUGUGCAAGUCCUCAUUCGAUUAUUCCGAGUUUCGACAGAACCCUGUAGCAAGGUGAAGCAGAUUUCCUGGAAGAACUGCAAGAUCUUGUCGAAAAAGCCGGGAGGAGGAUCAAGAAGUUAGUGCUUGUAAUAAAUGAUUUCUAAAGGGGAAUGCCUCCGAAUAAUGUUUGCCUGAACGGGUAUAUUAUUUUUUUUCCCCAAUAUACAUUCAUUAUGCGUGGUGUGGUAGCAUCAUGUAGAGAUGCUUGUACGAACAAUCCAAUCCUGAGAAAGGCCUUGAGCUUUGAUAUAUAUAUAUAUAUAUAUAGUUCUUGAA